UGGCGCCAUUCGAAGCCUGCUUGGAAAGUUUGCCAACCAGCAUGGUGACGUCUGGCACAAGAAGAAGCAGCUGCAACGCGAUGGUCAUGCUGCCCCUCAUGCUGGUCAUAUGUGGCUAUAUGUGGGGGUCUCACCAGGUGGAGGCCCCAGCAGACACCCUGGGCUCCGAGGAUUCUUCUUUUUGCUUUGGUGGUCUGGAGGUAAUCUACCCAAAGCUGGACAUAGACAGGUGCCUGAUUGUUCCAAAGGAUAUAAGAAAGAAGAUCAGCACGGUUUGGGGAGCUCCACUUGUUAAAUUGGCUUCAGCCGAUAAGAGAAAGAUGUAUGUUCUGGUGAUGGUUGAUCCCGAUGCCCCAAGCCGAUCUAAACCAACAUCCGCUAACUGGAGGCACUGGCUCGUCACAAACAUUCAGGGAGGUGCACUGAAGACGGGACAAUUACAAGGGACGACCGUCACUGACUAUCAUCCACCAACUCCACCACAGGCGUCUGGCUUCCACCGUUACCAGUUUAUGUUGUUUGAGAAGCCCCCCAACACACUAGUGUCACUCGCCCAGCGGGAGACACUGGCACGAGGUAAAUGGGAUCUGCUGGACUUCAUUCAAAGGUUUGAUCUGGGAGCACCUGUGGCUGCAGUGCAGUUUCUCACACAAAACUCCAAAGACUGAAGAGUUCCUAAGGCCUGCAUGGUGAUGUGUGAUCGUCUUUCUGAUUGAAUUACAAUUGCAUGAUUUCUUCAAAACUCACAACAGGGUGGAUCCCUUUGUCUUUAACUAGAAAGAGAUUUCCUCUUUGUGUUUCCGCUCGCUACCGCAUCGCUGUCACAUGUCACUGCAACAUUGAGGAGAUAGAUUUUGACCUCGCUGGGGACUUCUUAUUAGUUUCCGAACACUGUCAACAAAAAAGGAAAGGGGCCUCUGAUAUCACAACCCAGUGUGGAAAGAGUUGAUUCUAAAUCAGGGACGGAAAUACGUCAAGGCCAAAAAAAGGAAGUAGGAGGUAAAACCGAGACCACAGCACAGCCGGAUGCUGCAGUGGAACUAAAAUACCCAUAGUGACAGGACAGGGGGAGGGGCUUCGUAGACUGUGGUUCUUUUGGCAAAGGGGACUUACCGCCUGUGUUAGUAUUUGUUUAUCAUAUUUCCGUUGACCACUCUUGGUUAGAAACAUUAAAGCAACUUUCGGGCUCCUUUGAUUGAUUUCCUGAAGUAAAAGCCCCAUUGGUCUAACUGUGUCCUUCAGUGUAACUUUGGGACGAUUAACCCGUUUUGAACCUUGGCUAGUUGCAUAAGAGGCCCACCUGGCAGGUCUGCAGAGGAUGGUGUGUCAACUUUUCAACCCUUUCACUUAGAGUUACUUUUCAUGACUCUUUGUAGAGGGUGGGUCAGAGUACCCCCUCCCCAAAGGAGGAAUAUCGGUUUCUAACCAGCACCUCUCCUCUGGGAUGGGCUUGUAUCAAUACCCCAGAUGUCUUGAUUUCCAUCAAGGACUUUGAUGUUGUGAUGAUCAAUCUUUAGUUGGUGGUUGCAUUGACCCUAAUUUGGUGUCUCAUCAGUGGUCCAAGCAGGAGUAGGUAAUGGAGGUUUUUGUUCCUUUGGUGGAUAAGCCAGCCUUGGUAAACCCCUGUGUGCCCUCCUGAUGAACCCUGAGAGAUCAUUGAUCAAUUUGUCCUGCAUCUGCUUUUGUUUGCUUCCUGGACUUAGCCGUGAAAGUGGCAGGCUUUACAAACAAAACAACAGCACAUCUCAGACACUUCAUCUGGAAAGCCAUCAGUUGAAAACAAGUGUUUAGUAAUUGUUGGGUGGCAUCAUCAUCCCUCUCGACCAGGAUUUUCACAUCUUAUUUGACUUAUUAAACAACAUUCUUACAAUUGGCAAGUUGACACACCUCCUUGGAAUGCAUCAGCAAAGCACAGAAUUGCCAAGAUCUUCACUUCAAAAAUCAAAACUGUGUUUUUCCUCUAUUGAUAUCUGACAAAACAACUGGAUUUGCCGCUCUUUGGCUUCCUCAAAUGUGUAUAUUUUUACUCCACGGCAGGAGAGUUGAAAUAUUAUGAUUAAGAAAAACUUGACACAAAAGAUGUUGCCCUCUCACAUCCCCUGAUACUCUAGCAAAUGCAUUUAAUAUGUUCUUAAUGUAUUCAAACUUACAUUAAUUAAAAGGAAUCUGUUUAAUCAAUUCCAUUGCCUAACCGGGACAAAAGUGAUCUAAUAUGCGCAGUGAGUCUUCAUGCUGCGCUUGUUUCCACUUAUUUCACUGGAGAAUUUAUCCACUUCAUCACUGAUUGUGACAUAAACAGACUGUAUUGUGAUGCCAUGACCUGUACUGAAAGCGCCUGGGGAUUUUAAUUGUGUCUUAGAGGUAAAUUCCCUUCACAU